AUGGGGAUGCGGCCACGGCCUUUGGAAAUUCGGGCGUUAGGAAAAGCUAGCGAGUUUGACGGGAAACCGAGUAUUGAGAGCAAACACGAAGUCACAAUCCUAGGAGGACUCAACGAAUUUGUAGUGAAGUUUUAUGGACCACAAGGAACACCGUACGAAGGUGGGGUGUGGAAAGUUCGAGUGGACCUUCCCGACAAAUACCCUUUCAAAUCCCCAUCUAUAGGAUUCAUGAAUAAAAUUUUUCAUCCCAACAUUGACGAAGCAUUUCUUAAUUCGUCUGCGCAUCCAAUUUUCCUUGACUCCGACGCCUUCAGUAUUGAGAGCAAACACGAAGUCACAAUCCUAGGAGGACUCAACGAAUUUGUAGUGAAGUUUUAUGGACCACAAGGAACACCGUACGAAGGUGGGGUGUGGAAAGUUCGAGUGGACCUUCCCGACAAAUACCCUUUCAAAUCCCCAUCUAUAGGAUUCAUGAAUAAAAUUUUUCAUCCCAACAUUGACGAAGCGUCAGGAACCGUAUGUCUAGAUGUAAUUAAUCAGACUUGGACAGCUCUCUACGAUCUUACCAAUAUAUUUGAGUCGUUCCUGCCCCAGUUGCUGGCCUAUCCCAACCCCAUAGACCCCCUUAAUGGUGACGCCGCAGCCAUGUACCUUCACCGACCAGAAGAAUACAAGCAGAAAAUUAAAGAAUACAUUCAGAAAUAUGCAACAGAGGAGGCCCUGAAAGAGCAGGAAGAAGGGACCGGCGACAGCUCUUCGGAAAGUUCCAUGUCUGACUUUUCCGAGGACGAGGCCCAAGAUAUGGAAUUGUAGUAGAAGCAGCGUCCUGCUUUUCGGAGAGACUUGACUUCCUGACCAUGCGCUGAGAAGCAGACUAUAAUA